AUGUCCGACUUGGUCGCUUUUUUUUCCGUGGUAUGGCAGGCGCGUUGGGCGAUGCGCGUUCGGCGCGAGCGGGCGUGCUGUGCUGCUCGCGAGCGCGCGAGCGUCAAGUCACAGGCAACAGCGGUGGACGUGGCACUUCAAUCCGCCACUCCACUCCCCAUCGCACUGCCUCUAUCCGUGGCGCAGAUAAAUACCCUCGCCUCGCCUCCCUUUCUCUCUCCAUUGCUCAUUCAUUGCACACGCCACGCCACUCAAUGCCAGCCCAAGGCGAACCUGCAGACCUCCCUCUCAUUCCUCCACGGCCCCCCACGCCUUCUACUCCCUCCCUUGCCUGCCCCUUGCCAGCAGGAGGGCGGGCAGCAGGGCAGCAGCGCCUGCCUCAUGGAUGGUCGAGGUCCUUCCCUUCAACCCUCUUCUCAAGGACACAACUUCUCCGCUCGCCCCUGCCCACUCUUCUUCACUGCACCCCCCCACGCCACCUCCACCACUGCUCCAACUUUCAGCUAA